GGUUUGGGGAAUGAGGCGAGUGCGCGGGCGGGCGACGCUGGGUUUCCGCUGCGGCCCAUGUGAGCGGAUCGGCCAUUGUGUGUCUGUGAGAGAGGGAGGCAGGAAGGGAACGAGCGAGGCAGGCCGGGACCGGAGCCAAAUCGUUCGGACGGGUUUCUUGAAAUAAGGCCCUUCCUCACCAGCGGCAGAGAGGAUUGAGUACCUCAACUCCCGGGAUCCUGUCCGUGCGCUCGCUCGGUCGGUCGGAGAGAGGAAAAAAAUAUAUUUAUUAAAUCCUCAGCCGCGCGGCGCCCUCCCGCAGCCAGUUCAGUCAGCGCGCUGUGCAGGCCGCUGGAGCCCAGCCCACAGCCUCGGGGCCCGCGUACCUCACUCUUUAACCCCCUCCCUUCCCACCCUUCCCCUUCCCCCACCCCUCCCCCCGGCCUCGGUUCAUGAAGAAAUGUCGGCCACCAGCGUCCUGGACCAGAGACCGAAAGGCCAAGGAAAUAAAGUACAAAAUGGAGCUGUUCAUCAAAAGGAUGCACUAAAUGACGAUGACUUUGAGCCUUAUUUGAGCACUCAGACCAGGCAGAACAAUACCUACACUGCCAUGUCUGAUUCCUACCUGCCAAGUUACUAUAGUCCAUCUAUAGGGUUUCAGUAUUCAUUAAGCGAGGCUGCCUGGUCAACAGGAGGAGAUCCACCUAUGCCCUAUCUGACGUCAUAUGGACAACUGAGUAACGGAGAGCAUCACUUUCUACCUGAUGCAAUGUUUGGACAGCCAGGAACUUUGGGGAACACUCCUUUCCUGAGCCAGCAUGGGUUUAACUUCUUUCCUAGUGGCGUGGACUUCUCAGCUUGGGGGACCAGCAGUUCUCAGGGACAGUCCACUCAGAGCUCAGGAUAUAGCCCCAGCAGCUAUGCUUACCCUCCCAGCUCUCUGGGCGGAGCUAUGAUGGAUGGACAAUCAGCUUUUACGAAUGAGACACUGAAUAAAGCACCGGGUAUGAAUAGCAUUGACCAAGGUAUGGCAGGACUGAAGAUAAGUGGUGGUGAGGUUGUGAGUAACGUAUCUAAAAUGGUAGGUUCUGCUGUUGGGAGUAAUCCUACGUCGACUAUUUCAAGUAAUGCAAUACCUUCUAAUCCCAUGCCACCAACUACUAUUGCACCCCCGAAGCCAACUUCAUGGGCAGACAUUGCAAGCAAGCCAGCAAAACCCCAACCCAAGAAGGCAAAAGGUGGGGCUGCUGGACCAUCCCUUCCACCACCUCCAAUUAAACAUAAUAUGGAUAUUGGUACCUGGGAUAACAAGGCAAAUGUGGCCAAAAGCACUCCUCCACCAUCGACUCAAACAAACAGCCAGCAGCAAGGCCAGCCACCUCCCCUGCCAGUGAACCAACAGGUGAUGAAUAUGCAAGCACAGCAGGUUUCCUCAGGCCAACAGCAGCAGGUGCCGCCACAGCCAGUGCAACAGCAACCACAACCAAACCGCUGGGUUGCACCUCGCAACCGGGCAGCUGGAUUUGGCCAAAACGGAGUGGAUGCUGGAGGCAUUGGACUGUCACAUGGGAAUUCAAAUUCCACUUCUGUGGAAGCUCAUCCAGUCUUGGAGAAACUGAGAUCUGUGAACAACUAUAACCCCAAGGAUUUUGACUGGAAUCCCAAACAUGGACGAGUUUUCAUCAUUAAGAGCUACUCCGAGGAUGACAUCCAUCGCUCUAUUAAAUAUUCCAUUUGGUGUAGUACCGAGCAUGGCAAUAAGAGACUGGAUGCAGCCUAUCGUACGAUGAAUGGCAAGGGCCCUGUUUACCUCUUGUUUAGCGUUAAUGGAAGUGGCCACUUCUGUGGUGUUGCAGAGAUGAAGUCGACUGUGGACUACAACACUUGUGCUGGGGUGUGGUCUCAGGACAAGUGGAAAGGACGGUUUGAUGUGAGGUGGAUAUUUGUGAAGGACGUGCCCAAUAGUCAACUGCGGCACAUUCGCCUGGAAAACAAUGAGAAUAAACCUGUGACCAACUCCCGAGACACUCAGGAGGUGCCCUUGGAAAAAGCCAAGCAGGUUCUGAAAAUUAUUGCCAGUUACAAGCAUACAACCUCUAUCUUUGAUGACUUUUCUCAUUACGAAAAACGUCAAGAGGAGGAGGAGUGUGUUAAAAAGGAACGUCAAGGUCGUGUCAAGUAACGAUGUAUUCUCUGGAAAUGUGACGUCGACCUAAGUGUCAUGUCCUGAAAUUUCUUCAAGAAAUUGAGUGAUAAUGAAGAUCCCUCUUCCUGUCCUGUCCCCUCCCUUCCCACGCACCUUCUUUCAUUUUUCAGUGAAUUCUACGACUUUCAGACUUGUAGUUGUCAGACGUUAAUCCUCUUCUAUAGAACUUUGGGAACGAUAGCAAGAACUAGGUGGGGAAAAAUGUUUAAAAAAAAUCCUUUCUCAACUAUCAGUUGUGACUUUACAAAGUGGUACAACUUGUUUUCCUUCUGUUUGAAAAAAAAUUAAAAUCAAUUUUUGAUUUUUAUGGUUCAUGGGCUGCAUUUAAAUAUAUUUCCUUGGAAAAGAAAUCAGCGGCCUCACAGCAUCGAAAAGGCAUCGCACAGCUGGGUCAGCAUGUGGAUAGAUUUCCUUCUCCAACUUGAGCUUAAUUUAUGGAGCCCAAAUUAAAGCAUCCAGGCCGUUUUGGGAACUGCACCCCCACCCCACCUUUUCCUGCAAAUGCUGCUCGUUUCGUUUUGAAAAUGCUCCGGGAAAGAGCUGUUACUUCUCUGUUGUCCCUCCUUCCGUUGAAAAAAAAUUAAAAUGGUUACUGUUCACAACAGUUAAGGUGAACAUUUUUUUUAAAUUGCUGCCAAUUAAGUCUACAUCCACCUAAUUAAAAAAGAAGACUGGACUAAAGGAAUACUGUAAGGAAUUUUUUUUUUGGACACUGAACUUUGGAAAAACAAAAACUGCUUAAUCUUUUUUUUUCCACUCCUCAUCAACAGUGAAAAGCUGGGAAUUUGCCCUUUCUUCAUUAUUAAUCACUUCUCAGUAAUAAAUGUGAUAUCCUGUUCAGCAAAA